AUGGCCUCGUUCUUCGACACCCAUCUGAACCUCAACAAGCUCCGCCCCUCUACCUAUCUCCUGCCCGAUGACACGGCGCACCUACAGAAUGCCAUUUUGACGCCGAUAAGCAAAAAUUCUAGCCAACUUGAAUAUUAUGCUAUUCACCCCUGCCUGAUCUUCCAGAAACUUGCCUCUCAACUAAGUGUCAACGCACUUGCUGAUCUCGCCAUCAUCCCCGUCAUCUUCAUCGUCCAAACUUCAGUAUCAUGGAUCGUCUCCAUUCUCGUCUCCCGCGUUUUCCGCUUCAACAAGCGGGCAACAAACUUCGUCACCGCUAUGGGUGUCUUUGGCAACUCCAACUCUCUCCCGAUUUCUCUCGUGGUCGCGUUUGCGCAAACCCUCAAGGGUCUGCAUUGGGAUAAAAUACCUGGCGACAACGAUGACGACGUCGCUGCCCGAGGUAUCCUAUAUCUGCUCAUCUUCCAGCAGCUCGGUCAACUCGUUCGAUGGAGCUGGGGCUACCAUGUUCUACUGGCACCCAAGCCUAAGCACGACGAAGAGGGCGACGGGCCCCGUUACCGCGAUGACGACGAUGACGUAGAAAACGACGAUCUUGAGCGCGGGUUCAACCACCACCGUGACUUGUCCCAACCGCCAACGCUCGCACAUAGCACGGCGAGCGAUGACAGUGAUAGUGAUGUGGGCGAGCCGCUCGAGCGUAACCAGAGCACUGAUGAUUUCGAUCAGGAUCAUUUUUGGCCCGCUGGCAGAACUCCCGUCGCAGGUGGAUCGCAUGCUUCGCCUGCCGAUUCGGAUGACGAGGAUGGCGCCAACAGCCACCCCAAGAACUCUCAUCGGCCGCUUCUGCUCAUCAAUGGUCAUAGCAACCCUAGCCUGGACAUCAUCUCAUUCCUCAAAUCGCCAGCUCUCAGUCGAGCAGCGAGGAGAGCUUAG